AUGGAAGUUGUCUUUGACUCCUGGGGUCACUUUGUGAACAUCGACUCUGAUGACAAAGCAUUCACAUAUCCGGAGACUCAAAAUGUGCUUAACACGGGAAAAUUCAUCGCUGAUGCUGCUGUCAAAUAA